AUGGCGAUGCCGCGGCCUGUGUGCACCUCUGCCUUCAGUAUCGAGUCUCUGAUCUCAGGCAGCGGUCCCGGUCCCGGCUCCGGUUCGACCCCGUUCGUCUACAGCUACCCCAUGUUCGUGCCGUACCGCUCCGUGCUGCUCCCGCCGCCGCUGCCGCCUCCGCACGGUUAUGGCAUGACGCUGACGUCUGCAGUUUUCCCGCCAGGACCGCACGGGCACGAGAGCGCGGGAAUGGCGGGAAGCGCGAGGAAGUUCGGGUUCGACAAAAGCCUCGAGACAGACCCGGAACCAAAAGGGUUCCUCCCCACAGCCCCCAAAGAGCCGCCGCUGGGCCCGUUCACCGAAGACCAGGGACUGCAGAGCGGAGCAGAUGUGGACGACUCGCUGCGCAGAGACGAGUCCUUCUCUCUGGACUCAGACCUGGACUACAGCUCGGAUGAGAACCAGACACAGUCCUGCUCCAAAGACCGAAGUCCAGACCCAGACCGGGAUCAUAACCAGACCAGAGACCCGACCCGGAGUUCAGGAGGGGGGAAGAACAGGCGCAGGAGGACGGCGUUCACCAGCGAGCAGCUUCUGGAGCUGGAGAAAGAGUUUCACUGUAAAAAGUACCUGUCUCUCACUGAGCGCUCUCAGAUCGCACACGCCCUCAAGCUCAGCGAGGUCCAGGUCAAGAUUUGGUUCCAAAACCGCCGCGCCAAAUGGAAACGUGUCAAAGCUGGAAACGCCAACAACAAAAACGGAGAACCGGCCCGGAACCCCAAGAUCGUGGUGCCCAUCCCCGUCCACGUCAGCCGCUUUGCCAUCCGGAGCCAGCACCAGCAGAUGGAACAGAACCGGCCCUGA